UCCGGCCCAAUGGAGACGGAGAAGUUUCAAGAACUCAAGAGGUCACUGUGAGAUGAGCUGUUUGAUCAUUAUGACGGUUGUCGAAUGAAAAUGCGGCAUUGUAUACAGCCACGACAUUCUAUUAGGCCAAUAGACUUAGAACCUUGUUCUUACAUAACAUAAUCCGAUGGAUUCGGUCGGGCAUUCGCGGCCUAUCUUUCAUGGAUUAACUCUUUCGGCAAUAUAAAAAAAAUCAAGAGCUCGGCAAAUUACAAUGACGAAUUACUAACUCUUCAAAAAAGUUCCUAGAUGAUGGUCGAAUGACGAUCCCUAAUACAUGCGAUAUACUACUAAAAGAAGUACAUAUGGACUUAAUCACGCCCUUCAGCAUGUUGUGCCGUUUAGUAACCCAAAAAUCACUUCUUUCUCUGCACUAACGUCAGAAACAGAGGGUGUGCCGUUUAGUUGUGUCAGUUGGAUGAUCGACCGGAUGAUCGUGUCCGAACUGAAGUUCUUGUUGAAUCAACGUUUGACCCUGAAGCAUGCUCAACAAGCUCACGCCGCCAUCCUUGUCCACAGAUUUCAUCACCUUCAGCCUCUUUUGGUGCAUCAGCUUCUCGUUUCGACAAGAGGUUACUCUUUCGAUUUGCUUCAGUACGUGAAGUCGAUCCUUCAUCACGCGCAAAGCCCGGAUUCCUUCUCGUGGGGUUACUUGAUUCGCUUCCUGUCUCAGCAUGGCCGAUUCAGAGAGGCCUGCUCUGCGUACUGCGAAAUGCAGACGCUUGGGUUGUGUCCGAGCACGUUCGCUGUUUCUUCUGCUCUGAGGGCGUGUGCUAGGACUGGGGAUAUUGUUGGUGGGAGGUUGGUUCAUGCCCAGCUUAGUAAGUAUGGCUUCAGUGGCUGCGUGUACGUGCAAACAGCGCUUGUGGAUUUGUAUUCAAGAUUGGGCGAAAUGCCAACCGCUCAGAAAGUUUUUGAUGAAAUGCCCAAGAGAAAUGUUGUUUCUUGGAAUUCGAUUUUAUUUGGGUACUUAAGAUUGGGAAAUCUUGAUUUGGCACGAAACUUUUUUAGUGAGAUUCCAGAGAAGGAUGUUAUAUCUUGGAAUUCGAUGAUUUCUGGGUAUGCCAAAGCAGGGGAUAUGAAGCGGGCAGGGGUUUUGUUUCAGCAGAUGCCGGAAAGAAAUUCAGCUUCUUGGAAUGCUAUGCUUAGUGGAUAUGUUGAUUGCGGGAGCAUUGAAUUGGCUCGAGAACUUUUUGAUGCCAUGCCCCAAAGAAGUGAGGUUUCUUGGAUUGCAAUGAUCGGUGGCUACUCGAAAUGUGGGGAUAUCGAGUCAGCUAGUCUUCUCUUUGACCAGUUGGGCGAGAAGAAUCUGCUUGUAUAUAAUGCCAUGAUAGCAUGCUAUGCUCAAAAUGGCAGACCGACAGAAGCCCUUCAAAUAUUCAAUGGCAUGAUUGAGUGCGGUUCGGAAAUUGUUCCAGAUAAGAUUACGUUUUCCAGCAUUAUAUCAGCUUGUUCACAGCUGGGAGAUUUGAAGUUUGGGUCAUGGAUUGAAUUGCAGAUAGAGAAGCUUGGUAUAGAGAAGGAUGACCAUUUGGCUACAGCUUUGAUUGACUUGUAUGCUAAGUGUGGAAGUAUUGGUAAGGCAUACGAGCUGUUCAACAGCUUAAAGAAGAAGGAUUUGAUUGCUUAUUCAGCAAUGAUUCUAGGAUAUGCUGUUCAUGGUAAGGCAGUUGAUGCAAUACAACUGUUUGAAGAGAUGGUGGAUGCCCAAAUAUGCCCUAAUUCAGUCACUUUCACUGGAUUAUUGACUGCCUAUAGCCACACUGGUUUGGUUGAAGAGGGAUACGGAUCCUUCAACUCCAUGAAGAACUAUGGUCUUGUGCCUUCAGCUGACCAUUAUGGAAUAAUGGUUGAUCUACUGGGCCGGGCUGGGCUCUUAGAAGAUGCAUAUAAUCUAAUAAAGACCAUGCCUAUGCAGCCCCAUGCCGGUGCUUGGGGAGCUCUGCUUCUUGCAUGCAGGUUACACAACAAUAUGGAGAUUGGGGAGAUUGCGGCUCAGCAUUGCUUUAAUUUGGAGCCUGAUAGAGCUGGUUAUCGUUCUCUGCUUUCCAACAUUUAUGCAUCUGUUGGGAGGUGGACUGAUGUGAAGCAAAUGAGAGAGGUCGUGGAGGAGAAGGGAUCCUCCAAAAUUCCUGGCUAUAGUUGGGUGGAGUCCUCUUAGGUCCUCCAUACCUCAAGUAUUGCUCAUUGGAAGCUUGUGAGCUGUUGAGUUCAUGUAUAGCACCUUUUGUUGGGUGUUCACCAUCUUUCUUGUCCCAAGUCUCACAUAUCUCAGAUGUUGGGCGUUUUAUGAUGACUGGAUUUGUUUAUAACUUGUUCAAGUCAGAGGCCAGUCUAAGUCAGCUCAAGCAUAACCAAGCUAGACUUUUGACUCCGACUUUGUCCGCAUGGAGACGUGGAUUUCAUGCCUUGCUUUUAGAAGAUAUUUGAGAGUCAUCCUAGUAGACUCUAGCAUUGCAUGUCUUUAGAAGCUUUAAGAGGAACAGAUUCUGAGCCAUGAAAGUACUGAAGAAUCAAGCAGCUUAAUUUCAUGCCCAUCAGAAUAUUGAGGCAACUAGAUUUACGUGGACUUGAGUGAAGCGCUCGAAUGCUCAAGAGCCGCUUGAAUAGGGUCUGAUGGGAUCAUAUAGUCUGUCACAUCACGGCCGAUGCCCCAAGAAAACUCAACGGAGCUGCUCUUCGACAGCAGAUUUGGCAAAACUCGCUUGUUGGCUCUCAUCUGACAGAUAGGUAAUCAUUUUAGCCUGGUGCUUGAUAUUUUUUUGAUGGGAUCAUCUCUGCGAUUCUUUCCUCAAUGAGAAGGCUUCUCAUGGGGAUGGAUUCACCUCCGUAGACUUUGGUAUCUUCCAAGGUGUAUUUGGAUUUUUCUGGAACAUUAUCUGUGUU